AUGUUCAUCCACUUUUUCAGUUGUUAUUUGCCGUUCAAUUGUUUCUAGGUUUUUCUUCUGUCGACAACUCUAAUCUCUUGUUAAAACCUCGAAAUUUUAACUCCGUUACUGCUUUCGCUCAAUAUGUUCAUGGCCUUCGGCGCUCUCUCUCCCUCCGAUUCUCUCAUAUUCCUUUACCUCCUCGGAGAACACGAUGCAGUUGUUCUCUCUACUCGUCCGCAACGAGAGGCCAUAAGCGAAAAAAUGGCUCCGUAUUUCUUUGGUUGAAGUAGGAUCUUCGAGUCCGAGUCGACGAUCAUCCGGGCCUUGUAGAUGGUUCCUCCCUACGUCUUCGAUCGAGGAUUCUUUUUCGUGCGUAUGCUUCGUCUGCUUGUCUUGUAUUCCUCGUUUUCUUUUUGAUGUGUUGUUAGGUUUUUCUUCGUCUUAUAUUCCAACUCUAAUGUAUUGUUAAAACCUAGAAUCGGAACUCGAUUUUUGCUUUCACGAGCUCGCUCUCCUUCAGAUUUGUUUUUUCUCGUUGUGUUGUUAGGUUUUUCUUUGGUCGAGGUAGAAUCUUCGAGUCCGAGUCGACGAACAUCCGGGCCUUGUAGUCGAACCAGAGUAUCGGAUCGUGGUUCCUCCUCCCUACGUCUUCGGUCACGGAUUCUUUUUCGUGCGUAUGCUUCUUCUGCUUUUUCUUGUAUUCCUCGUUUUCUUUCGAUGUGUUGUUAGGUUUUUCUUCGUCUUAUAUUCCAUCUCAAAUAUAUUGUUAAAACCUAGAAUCGGAACUCGAUUUUUGCUUUCACGAGCUCGCUCCCCUUCAGGUUUUUCUCCAAGCAGGAUCUUCGAGUCCGAGUAUACGAUCAUCCGGACCGGAGUAUCGGGCCGUGGUUCCUCCCUACGUCUUCGACCACGGAUUUUUUUUCGUGCGUAUGCUUCUUCUACUUUGUCUUCUAUUCCUCAUUUUCUUUCGUUGUGGUGUUAGUUUUUCUUUGUUUUAUAUUCCAUCUCUAAUGUAUUGUUAAAACGUAGAAUUGGAACUCGAUUUUUGUUUUCACGAGCUCGUUCUCCUUCAGAUAUGUUAGGUUUUUCUUUGGUUAAGCAGGAUCUUCGAGUCCGAGUCGAUGAUCAUCCGGACCGGAGUAUCAGGCCGUGGUUCCUCCCUAGGUCUUCGAUCACGGAUUCUUUUUCAUGCGGAUGCGUCUUCUGCUUUGUCUUGUAUUCCUCGUUUUCUUUCGUUGUGUUGUUAGGUUAUUCUUUCUCUCUUAUUUUCUAACUCUAAUGCAUUGUUAAAACCUAGAAGCGGGAACUCCAUUUUUGCUUUGCGAGCUCGUUUUUCCUCCUUGUGUUGGUUAGGUUUUUCUGUCUUAUAUUCCAACUCAAAUGAUUGUUAAAACCGAGAAUCGGAACUCAUUUUUGUUUCCACUAGCUUGCUCUCCUUUAGAGUUCAGAUUAUCUUAUCUCCAUCUUCUCCUCUAACUCACUAAGCACCUUCUCUGUUCGCCCAUGCAAGGAGAGGCAAUACGCUAAAGAAUGGCUAAGGUAAUUCUCUUGUUCGGCUAGGAUCUCUAAGUCUUCUACGAUCCUGGCCUUGUAGCUGGCAAGUAAAUGUGCCUAGAGUUAGCUAUGGAAGUUAUCUUUUGGCACCUUCUGUGUGCAUUUGGGAGAUGGAAUAGUAUACCACUCUUGGGGGACUCAGCGAAUACUGCUGGAGCAGACCAAAUCAGCCUACGCAACUUUAUGUCUCCAUUAAUUGCGAAGUGGCAGCAAAUCUCAAAUUCAGACAAGAAUCUCUUUCCGUCUUUCCUCUGUUCGGUUGUACAACUUUACAUCCACAGAACUGGUUGAUUCUGUUUCUUCAGGGUGAUAAAGGGCACUCUUACAUCUGCUCUUCUGGACUUGCUGAGGCAAUGGGAUAGAGAGGUUGGUGUAUGAACAAGGUUGGUACUUCCCUAACUCUGAACAUCAUUUAAUCAAGAAAAUAGUAUGAGAUUAGGCAUAUUAGCUGGCAAAAUUGGUUUAUGUUAAGUUGGUAAAACUAAAGUAAAGCACGAUAUGUGAACAAGUGAGACCAUGCCACGUGUUCAAAAGUUGUAAACAAAGUAACAUCUAAUAUGAGUCCCCCUAUCAUGUUAAAAUAA